AUGGCGGCGGCGGCGGGCCUCCACCAAGACGUUCUCGCCCGUAUCUUGCUCCUCCUGUCGUGCAUCGUGGACCGCGUCAGGGCGUCCGCGGUCAACAAGCACUGGCGGCGGGUCUCGCUCCAGAAUCCGCCCCCGCUGCCGCGCCUCCUCCAGCCGUCCACGGCCCGGACCGAGACCUACCGGAUCUUCGGCGGCUUCGUCGAUCUGCACCCGUCCUUCUCUGACGAGGGCCGCGGGCCGCGUUUCUGCGGGUCUGCUCCGGGCGGCUGGUUCGUGAUGUCAUCCCAGCCCUGGCGCGGCCACGCGCUCCUGAAUCUCCGCACCGGCGAGCGCGUCGCCCUGCCGGAGAGGGUGCGCAUCACGUGCCCCAUGAUGAUCCGCGCAGCCGUCAUGUCCGUGGCGCCGCCGUCUGGCGCCUGCUUGGUCGCUGCGGUAACAUCCAGCCAGACCAACCUGGCGUUCUGGCGGCCGGGCAUGGAUUGCUGGUUGUCAGCGCCGGCGGUAGGACCGGUUAUGCGCAACGCCGAAGACAUCACUUACCACGACGGAUGGUUCUGCGCCGUCGAAUCAGACGAUGACCUCGUCUGCUACAAGCCGGAAAUCGCCCAUGCGGAAGACGGCGCCCCUUCGCUGACCAUUCGACAUCACGCCUACAAUCUCCAUGUCGAUGGUCACCGGACGGCACCCGGGGAGAUGGUCUCCCGCUACCUCCUGCCCUCCGCUUCCGGUGCCGAUCUCCUGAUGGUGAAAAGAUUCAUCGCGCCGGCGAGAGGCGGCACCUGCCGGUUCCAGGUCUUCAGGCUGCAGGAGGGACUGCCGGCUUCCUGGCGCCUGUACCAGAUGAGCGGGCAGGUGCUCUUCGUCGGCCGGGCCUGCUCCAAGGCCUUCUACACGGGGCACGGCGGCAGCCCGGGCUAUAUCUAUUUCCUCGACGACGUCUACACCGGUGGUCCGCACAGUGUCACCCAGCAGAACGAGUAUCCCUGCGUCAACGCCGGCGGGUGGUGUUACUCAGUCCCCGACGAGAUCCAGCGCUGCCUGCCAUGGUUGCCCCCCUCGGACACCUCGCCGUGCAUUUGGUACCACCAUUAA